AGCACACAGCACACAACCUGGAAAGAUUGCCCAAACUCCUCCCCUUGGGCUUUGAUUACACAAUUUUGGAACUAACACACAAAUCCUAAAAGGAGGAUCUCCAGAAUCAGAACACAACAGACGAGCUAGUAUUGAAACAUACCGGUAGCACACCAGACACCAUGGCUCCAACAGACACAAACACACCGUCCUCGGCUUGCUCCUCCGCCAGAUCACUCCUCGCCACUCAUGCCAGUGGCAGUGCAGCUCCUACUCCAUUGCUGAACCUCAUGCCGGACAUUCUGUCUGUUCCAACGCCCCCCACAAGUACAAUGACUGAAGAAGCACCACAGCCGGGCCAGCAGCAUUUGCAGUCUCUCCAGACCAUCUUGGGUCAAGUCCUGGAUUUGCUGGACGAUGAAAUGGACUUGUUUUCGGAUGACGAAACGGAUGCUCCUCUUCCGCUCGUGUCUUCCUUCCAGCUCAAUGCACCCAACAGUCUCCCUCAGUAAACAACCAGACACUCAUUGACAGACUGACAUACCGGUACCGGUACAUGGGUACGGUACAUACAAACACGCUGAAAGGGGCGUUCGUUCAUGCAACCUACAUUUGCUCGAGCAAGAAAGAUAGAGGGACCUUGAGCUAUAUACGACUAGCACAUGAUGUUUUGACAGGAAUCAUCUAACUAAAGUUAGCAUACAUGUUAUACAUUG